CAGGGGCCCCGUAGCGAGUUAAGUGACCGAGGCUGAACAGCUCUCGUCUUCUCGCGGCUGCCAUGUACCAGGCCCGCGCUGCCGCCCGCCUGCGGAUCGUGCUGGGACACCUCGGCCACCCCGCGGCCGGGGCCGCCGUAGCUUACCACACUUCAGAACUUGUAUCCCCUGCCAAUCUUUCCCAUCAACAAUUCCAGUAUACUCUGGAUGAUAAUGUCCUAAGUCUGGAACAGAGACAAUUUUAUGAAGAAAAUGGGUUUCUUAUCAUUAAAAGUCUGGUAUCUGAUGCUGAUAUUCAACGCUUUAGGGAUGAAUUUGAAAGGAUCUGCAAAAAGGAGGUGGAACCAAUGGGAUUAAGGAUAAUGAGAGAUAGGACCAUUGCAAAAUCGAAAACUGUUCUAAGUGAAAACGUGGUUUCAAAGAUCCAAGAUUUCCAAGAAGAUGAGGAACUCUUCAGAUACUGCACUCUCCCUGAGAUUCUGAAAUACGUGGAGUGCUUCACUGGACCCAAUAUUAUGGCCAUGCAUACAAUGCUGUUAAACAAGCUUCCAGAUACUGGAAAUAAGACUUCCCGCCAUCCCCUACACCAGGACCUGCACUAUUUCCCCUUCCGGCCCAGCAAUACCAUUGUGUGUGCUUGGACGGCUAUGGAGCACAUUGAUCGGAAUAAUGGCUGUCUGGUUGUGCUCCCAGGCACACACAAGGGCCCCCUGAAGCAGCACGACUACCCUCAGUGGGAGGGCGGAGUUAAUAUAUGGUACUAUGGGAUCCAGGACUAUGACAAAAACAAUGCUCGAGUGCACCUUGUGAUGGAGAAGGGAGACACCGUUUUCUUUCAUCCUCUGCUCAUCCACGGAUCUGGUCGGAACAAAACCCAAGGAUUCCGGAAGGCAAUUUCCUGCCAUUACGCCAGUGCCGACAGCUACUACAUCAAUGUGAGGGGCACCAGUCAAGAAAACAUUGAGAAAGAAGUCCUAAAACUAUUAAGUAGACAAUAUGGAAUGAAAGAGAAUGCUGUCACCCUGAAGGAUGUUUGGCAGUUUCGAGCCCGGCUUGUGAAAGGAGAAAGACUCACACUUUGAAAUAGCCCUUUGCUGCUACCCUUUUAAAAGAAACCAAAACAACGUGCGGUGACUAAGGAAAAUGCAUUCUUAUUGAGAUGAUGUAGUCUUUUCUAUCACUUGUUGACAAAAUCAAAAAGCAUGUAUCAGGUACUCAAUUGCAUAUGGGUAAUUUUGUGGUGCAGUGAUGUUGCUCUGGCAGAAGUAAACACCAACAAAACUCAAACCCAUUGCCAUUGCCAUCAAGUUGAAUCUGACUCAUACCUAUAGGACAGAGUAGAAAUGCCCCAUAUGGUUUCCAAGGCUGAAAUCUUUAGGAAAGCAGACUGCCACAUUUUUCUUCCACAUUGCGGCUGGUGGAUUCAAACCACUGACGUUUCGGUUAGCAGCGGAACACUUAACCACUGCACCACCAGGGCUUCUUGAUGUAAACACAGUAAGAGUGAAAUAUUAUUGUUUAAAGAAAAUUAAUUUAGGGUUACAACUAAUAAAAGUGAUUGAUUUAAGAGUGUUAAAUCAGUUUCUUUCAUUCAAUUAACUCUUUACUCAAGCAGAAACAAAAACUUUGAAACUCAGGGUGUGUUCAGUUUUGCAUCCUUUUCCUGGUAAACCCACCACCUACCAAUUUCACAUCAUGAGUGAUUUCUUUUCAAAUCUAGAAUAAUGUAUACUGC